AUGGGUCUGGUGAAAGUCGUUAAGAAUAAGGCUUACUUCAAGCGGUUUCAAGUGAAGUUAAAGCGUCGACGCCAAGGGAAGACCGACUAUCAUGCACGAAAAAGGCUUACUGUUCAGGACAAGAAUAAGUACAACACACCGAAAUAUCGCCUAAUCGUGCGUUUCACCAAUAAGGACAUAAUCGCUCAGGUGGCUUAUUCAAAAAUCGAGGGCGAUGUUAUUGUCGCUUCGGCUUAUUCACAUGAACUUCCUUUCUAUGGCAUCACGGUGUUAGUGAUGGAUUGUGAGGAACUUCUUAACAACACUUUCAAGGUUGGACUUACCAACUACGCUGCUGCCUACGCCACUGGUCUACUACUUGCUCGUCGUCAUCUCAAAAAUCUCAAGUUGGAUGGAACAUUCAAAGGCCAGGAAGAGCUCACCGGUGACUUCUACACUGUUGAGGAAGAAAGAGGCCGUAGACCGUUCAAAGCCGUUCUGGACGUUGGUUUGGCCCGGACCACCACUGGCUGCAAGGUCUUUGCUGUAAUGAAAGGAGUGGCAGACGGUGGAAUUAAUGUUCCUCACAGUGAAAACCGAUUCUUCGGAUAUGAUUCCGUGUCGAAAAAGUAUGACGCGGAGGCUCACCGCGAUCGAAUCUUGGGUAAGCAUGUUGCCGAAUACAUGCGCUUUCUUAAGGAAGAGGACGUUGUAGCCUAUAAGAAGCAAUUCUCAAAGUUCAUCGAGCGUGGCAUAGCUGCUGACGAUCUUGAGGAGAUGUAUAAGAAGGCUCAUGCUGCCAUUCGUGCAAACCCAGAACGUCGACCAAAGGAGGCCAAAAAGUAUGGAGAGCGGAAGAGAUUCACGGCACAGAAGAUCACAUUGGAGAAGAGGCGGGAACGUGUUCAAGCGAAAAAAGCACUUCUUUUAAAACUGAAAGCACAACAAGAAACUAUGUGA